AUGAGCAGUAUUAUCAAUAAAUUAUUGGGUAAAGAUCAUGAUGAUCAUCACAAAAAGGAAACCAAAGUUGAAACUGAAACAUCUCAGAAAACUGAAACAUGUAAUAAAUCUGGUGGUACAUGUACUAAAACUGAAACCAAAUGUGAAGGUGGAACAUGUGCAACAUCAACAAUUGGUGGUGAAAAAUGUGGACAAAAAGCUGAAUGUGCAAGUAUCAGCUCAAAUAAUCGUACAGGUGGUCAAAAUACUGAAUCCCAUUCAGUUCAACGUGAUGGUGUAAAUAUUAAAUCAACAGUCCACACAGAAGGUACCUCAACAGUAUCAAUGGCUAAUCAACAAAAACUUACAGAUCUUGUUUCAAAAUUAGGAUCAACACAUGCACAAAUUGAUGAAUAUGCUAGAAAUCAAACUGAAAAAAUUAACGAACAAAUUCAACGUGAAAUCGAUGAAGUUGUUGGCCGCAUACGUCGUGAACAAGAUGACCUUCUCCGUAAAGCUAAUGAACAAACUGCUGAAAUCGAUAAUGAAUAUCGUGCCCGUUUACAAUUAAUGGUAGAAGAAAUUGAUGCCGCUAAAGCAAAACGAAUUGCUGACAUUGAAGCUUCUUUGAAUAACCAACAAGCUGCUAUUCUUCAAUCAGCCAGAAAUGAAAUUGAUGAAUUAAACAAGAAAGCUGCUAAACUCAAAAUUGGUGUUUUAGAAGCCGCUGAAGCUAAAUCAGCAGCAGAUGCACGUGAAAUCACUGCCCAUGCAGAUUUAGGCAAAGCAGCAACUAUUCAUCAACAAUCAGGAACAACAACAAUUAAAACUGAUGUAGUAGGAGCAGCAGAAACUGAAACAGCUGGUAGCGCUACUGUAACAACUGUUGGCGCCAAAACUGUUAGUGAACAACACAAAGUAGUUGAAGCUAGCGCCAGCCAAUCACGUAAAUAA